AUGGCCACCAUGUCUCCCGAACCAGCUCUUCAUCCAUACUAUCCCCUGGAUGCUCCAAUCCAUGGAUAUGUGGCCAAUGAGGCGUCUCUCCUUUCUCUGCUUACCGCCGCCAGUGUCGGGGCUGCAGCCUUGCUGGGCGCCACUUUGGGCCUCGUUAGCCUUUUGCGACCGAGCUUGACCCGGGCUGAUAGGAUAGCUAUCAUGUGGUUUGUUCUUUCGGGGUCGCUCCAUUGCUUCUUCGAGGGUUAUUUCAUGAUCCAUCAUGACCGGAUGGCGUCGGCCCAAGACUUCUUUGGGCAAAUGUGGAAAGAAUAUGCCUUAUCGGACUCGCGAUACAUGACGUCGGAUACCCUGGUGCUCUGUAUGGAGACCAUGACCGUUGUGCUCUGGGGCCCGCUGUGUCUUCUCGUGGCAUAUUUGAUCUUUGCGCAGAGUUCAUUGCGCCAUCCGUUCCAGCUCACGGCCUGCAUGACCCAUCUUUACGGCGACUCACUCUACUAUGCCACCAGUCUCUAUGACCACUACGUUCAUGACCGUCCAUAUAGUCGACCGGAACCCUAUUACUUCUGGAUCUAUUACUUCCUGAUGAAUUUUAUCUGGAUCGUGGUCCCGCUCUAUUAUUUCGUGCAGAGCAUGCGAGCAAGCGCAAAGGCGUUCAAGAGCUUCGAGGAAACAUCCGCACAACGUAAAUCUCGGUGA